AGGCAAAUCCCCAAAACACCUGAAAUGACAAUAUUACCCUUCCCCGUCUUCUAUAAAUGACAACCUUUUCUCCGUUUCAUAAUCCCAUUCCAUGUCCGGGCUCUUCUUUCUUACUUAGCUAGCUACCUAGACAGAGAAUUUUCUCGUAGCAGAGAGAAUUUUCUAGUCACUUUUUCAUUGCUACUAUCAUAUAUAUAUAUAUUAAUUUAAGAAAGAGUUCGCCAUGUUGGGAGUUUUCAGCAGCUCGGUGGUUUCGCCCCCAGACGAGCUGGUUGCCGCCGGGAGCAGAACUCCGUCGCCUAAGAUCACGUCGACGGCGCUGGUGAACCGGUUCGUUGUGAACAACGCCUCGGCUGUGUCUAUACAAGUCGGUGAGCAAGCUCAGCUCGCCUUCACUCAUCACAAUGAGUCUGCCUUGCAACCGAGAUCAUUUGCUGUGAAGGAUGAAAUAUUCUGUUUGUUCGAAGGAGCACUUGAUAACUUGGGUAGUCUGAGACAGCAAUAUGGACUUGCCAAGUCUGCAAAUGAAGUGGUUUUGGUGAUUGAGGCUUACAAGGCAUUGCGUGAUCGAGCACCAUACCCUGCUAACCAUGUAGUUGGCCACUUAAAUGGAAACUUUGCUUUCAUAGUUUUUGACAAGUCCACCUCCACCCUGUUUGUGGCUUCUGACCAAUUUGGUAAGGUUCCUCUUUAUUGGGGAAUCACAGCAGAUGGAUAUGUGGCUUUUGCUGACGACGCCGAGCUGCUCAAGGGUGCCUGUGGCAAGUCACUUGCUUCAUUCCCUCAAGGAUGUUUUUUCUCUACAACAUUGGGAGGACUUAGAAGUUUUGAGAAUCCUAAGAACAAGAUCACUGCUGUGCCUGCUAAUGAUGAAGAGAUCUGGGGUGCCAAAUAUAAGGUGGAAGGGCCAGCAGUUCUUGCAGCCACAGAGUAGGAAAGGUCAUUCCUUGAAAUGGGAUACCGUAUGAGACAUGUGCCCUUUUCUUCUUAUAUAUGUAUGGUUGAGAUUUGAAAGGCAGUGAUGUAAAUAACUGAAGCUUUAGCUGUUAGUAGGGUGAGUUAUUGUGUGGCUGAAAAUUAACUGUGCUUUGUUUUCUUCAUUAGUUUGCUUCAUAAAUUGGGCUUUUAAUCUUCACGACUUUUUUAGUCUUUUAGUACCAUUGUACAGCUACUCUUUCUCUUGUCUAAUAAAAUGUCUGUAUGAGGGUUUGUAGUACCAAA